UCUCCCUCUCUCUCUCUCUCUCUCUCUCUCUCUAAUGGAGUUGCUUGACCUAGUUUUCUUCUCUUUAGCAUCUCUCUUUCUCUGUUUAUGGUGGCGACACUGGUCGGCCACCGGUGGGGGAGCCAAUAAUCUGCCACCGGGGCCACCAGGGUGGCCCCUGGUGGGAAACUUGGGUCAAGUAGUCCUCCAACGCCGGCCAUUCAUAUUCGUAGUACGCGAUUUACGAGCUAAGUAUGGUCCAAUUUUCACAAUGCAAAUGGGUCAAAGAACCCUAAUCAUCAUAACAAGCUCUGAGCUCAUCCAUGAAGCCCUGGUUCAAAAGGGCCCACUCUUCGCGAGCCGGCCACGGGACUCUCCGAUCCGCCUAGUGUUCAGUGUCGGCAAGUGUGCUAUCAAUUCAGCCGAAUACGGCCCGCUCUGGCGUGCUCUACGCCGGAACUUCGUCACCGAGUUGAUAAACCCUAAUAGAAUCCGACAAUGCAGUUGGAUUCGUAAGUGGGCGAUCGAAACCCAUUUGAACAGACUCCGUGUUGAGGCUUCAAACAAGGGUUUCGUGGAGGUCAUGAGUAAUUGUAGGCUCACUACAUGUAGCAUUUUGAUCUGUCUUUGUUUCGGAGCAAAGAUCUCCGAAGACAGAAUAAAAACCAUCGAAAGCAUACUUAAAGAGGUAAUGCUAAUCACGCUUCCGAAGGUCCCGGACUUCUUGCCGGUGCUUCUGCCGCUGUUUCGCCGCCAGUUUAAACAAGCUAAGGUUCUGAGGAAGAAACAAAUGGAAUGUUUGGUUCCUUUAUUAAGAGACAGAAAAGCAUUCGUCGAGAGUGGUGGAAACCAAAGCUCCACCUCGUCGGAGAUGGCGAGCCCUAUCGGAGCGGCUUAUAUCGAUUCGUUGUUUGAACUCGAACCGCCUACUCGGGGAAAAUUGGGUGAAGAAGAACUCGUCACGCUUGUCUCAGAAAUCAUCAAUGCCGGAACUGAUACGAGCGCGACGACAGUGGAAUGGGCUUUGCUUCAUUUAGUAAUGAAUCAAGAAAUGCAAGAAAAGUUAUACAGAGAAAUAGUUGAAUGUGUGGGGAAAAAUGGUAUUGUUAGUGAAGAAGAUGUGGAGAAAAUGGCUUUUUUGGGAGCGGUGGUGAAGGAGACUUUCCGGCGACACCCUCCGAGCCAUUUCGUGUUAUCGCACGCCGCGAUUAAGGAGACGGAGCUAGGAGGGUACACGAUUCCGGCGGACGCCAACGUCGAGUUUUACACGGCGUGGGUGACGGAGGAUCCGGAUUUGUGGGAGGACCCGGGUGAGUUCCGGCCUGAGCGGUUUUUGAGCGGCGGCGACGGAGUUGACGUCGACGUGACCGGGACACGUGGAGUGAAGAUGGUGCCGUUCGGAGCCGGGAGGCGGAUUUGCCCGGCGGCGAGCCUUGGAACGUUGCAUGUCAACUUGUUGCUUGCUAGGAUGGUUCACGCAUUUAAGUGGGUUGCGGUUCCGGGUCACCCGCCCGACCCGACUGAGACUUUUGCUUUCACUGUUGUGAUGAAGAACCCUCUCAAAGCUGUUAUUUUGCCUAGGUGAAGAAAAUUGAAGCUUGUGCUAGUAGUAGUACUAUUGUCAUACCUAUUUUCACAGCUUGGUUGACCAUAUUAUAUA